AUGAAGCUACGAAACAGGCCGAUCGAGGGCAACACGUUCAGGUUCCUGGAUCUGCCAGCUGAACUGCGCAACGCCAUCUAUGAGAUCAUCAGCAGCAGCGACACAACUAGUCUGACACGCCGCACCAGCUAUGGUACCCGCGCAGUGACUCGACGCGACGACGCGCAGGAUGAGGUCAGCUGCUUCCAACUGAUCCACGUCAACCAGCAGGUGCGGCAGGAGUUCCUACCUGUGUACUACGGCAAGUUGAAUCCGAGUAUACGCUUCUACGACAUAUGUGAUUUCGCAAACACAUUCCUCAUCCCGUACCAUGCACCCUUCAGCGCCGCUACUGUUGUGGUAAACACCGUGGGUAUCAGCGAGAUCGAUGCGCGUGAGGUCGAUGUCCGGCCGCUCCUCGAGUUCCUUCGACGCUCACCGGCAGUGACCUUCCAGACCACUCCACCGCCAAAGUCUGCAGCCGUGGUCCCAAAUCGCACGAGGUUGACCGAACAAGCUGUCCCGGCUGCAGUGUCCAAGCUCCUGAUGGACCUCGUCACACCGCCGGAUCGCCUGGCACAGAAGAAGUGGGCGCUGUACAUGCAAAAGUACGUGACCGCACUGUUCAUCACGCCAUCGCGCAGGCCACAUGUCCGAGUUGUGGUGAAACAUGCGGCCACCGAGUUCUGGAUGGGUCACAAGAAAAACAUGCGGGAGAGGGCUAUGGGGGCUUGGGUUGAGAAGACUGGAUUUCCGACAGGCCUCAAGCGCCAUGCUCCUAGGAAAGGCUCAGCCGGAAUCGGUGGCGUAAUGACGAUAUGGUACGAGGCGCACUGGACAGUUGUCGUCGAAGGAAGCUGA